GUUGUACCUGGACCCCACGUCUGGGAUCAUCUCGGGCAAGCUGGCCGCGGAGGCCAGCGCUGAGUCCUACGUGGUGACUGGGCGGACCCAGAGCUCCGCCUUGUGCACGGUGGAGCUGGUUUUUACUUGCAUGGAGCCAGCCAAGACCGAUGCCCUUGUGACGCAGAAGUUCGCCGAGCAAGUCGACGAGAUUACCAAGAUUGAAGAUCUCAUGGAGGAGCCUGGCAAGGGCAAGGUUCUCGGCGACUGGCUGGUCUGGAUGGUCCACAGAGUGCACCUGAACGACCCUUCGCUAACGGAGCUCAACUUCGCCAACGUGUGGAUGCCACUGGGACAUACGGAGCCCAGGAUAGCACCGAAGUUGGUGAAGGCCAUCGCCCACAACACCCACUUAGUGACUCUGCAGCUGUCGCACACCAACCUCCAGAAGCCCGAAGGCCAACUGCUGGCGGAGUCGCUGAAGGCGAACGAGACCCUGCAGUUCUUGAACGUGGAGUCGAACAGCCUGGACUCUCACACCAUCCGACGGAUGGCGGAGGCCUUGUCCGAGAACCCGCGCAGCGCUCUCGAGGUGUGGAGGUUCAACAACCAGAAGCACAUCGGCCGCUACUUCGGCAGGCCGGUGGAGGAGACCGUUGCCGACAUGAUGGAGAAGAACCAGCGGAUCUGCAAGCUCGGCUUUGCCGUUGACGACGCCAACUCGCGCCUGAAGAUCGACCGCGCCAUCCUGCGGAACAUGGACUUCGCCCGGAAGCGAAGGCGUCGUGGCGCGGACGGCGAGGAGGGCGACGAGGUCACGGCCGAGGAGAAGAGGAUGAGCCGGCUGAUCCUGCGGGACGCUCCGGCCAGGCCGGCCGCCGAGGUGUUCGGCGAUGAUGUGAGAUUGGGGCUCGUCCGAAAGCACGUCGCCGAAAAGGGGAUAAUCCCGGCUAGCCAGGCGCUGCAGGCCUGGGCCAAGGGUCAGGGCACGUCCAUCCCGUACUCCGCCGUCAAACCGUUGCUUGAGGACUUCCGCACGAAACUCCUCAACGCCACCAUCGAGUGCCAGCAGCAGGUGAGCGUCCAGGACGUGUACGGUGCCGAGUUCUCUGGGUCUCUGAGGGCGUGGACCGAGCGAAACAGCAGCUGGAGCCUCGACGUGUGGCCGUCGGGCGACCGCCGCUUCAACUUCACCUCGGAGCCCAGCCUCUCUACUCAGCAGUGCGGGCGCGCGCAGAUGUUCAAACUCUCCGACGAGGCCCUCGGAGAAGCGGGAACCAGGCCCCGCUCCCUCGAGGGUUUGCUGUGGAUCGGGCCCAUGCUGGGCUUCAGCGGCGCUCGGAUGAUCGGGGAAUUGCAGCGGAUCGGGCACGCGUUGUGGAUCAGCCUGGUUCGGGCGGUCUUCGAGGUGCGGGGCGUCAGGGCGGCUCUGAAGUUCUGCGGGACGCGGUGGGGGCCUUUCCUUGUAGCCCCGAGGAGGAUAGGGUGA